AUGAUCCGGCUGCUAACCUCCUGCUGGUCUCAGCUAAAGACAACUGAACAAACACGAAGGAAUGUGACCAUCCUUAUCAUUGGCUUAGACAACUCAGGCAAAACUGUUCUUGUGAAGGCUAUUCAAAGAUUACUUCCCAGUAGGAUAGACAAAUGCGUGAAAUCAAAACUGACUACACUCCUGUUAGAUGACUAUGAAAUUUCCAUCUAUGACCUAAAUGGAGAUCUGAAGGGCCGAGAAACAUGGCCAAACUACUAUGCUCAGGCACACGGGCUUGUUUUUGUCUUGGAUUCCAGUGACUUAGAACGCAUGCAAGAAGCGAAAAUCAUCUUGACACGCCUGCUAUCUGACAGAACUGCAGGGAAACCCAUCUUACUCUUGGCAAACAAACAAGACAAGAAGGAUGCCCUUUUACCUUGUGAUAUUAUUCAAUAUCUACUCUUGGAAAGGCUGGUGAAUGAGUAUAAGUCCCUGUGCCGAGUGGAGCCAUGUUCAGCCAUCAAAAACCUACAAAGGAAGAAACAUCAACCCAUAAUUAGAGGGCUGCGCUGGCUAUUAGCUGUCAUUAGAGAUAAACAUGAAGAACUGUGUACUCGUCAACAAUCAUCCACCUCAAGCAUCUCAACCUUCAAGUAUCCCAGAGGCUCUGGAGAAAGAUGCUCAUCAGACAGCUUCUCUACCAGAAUGAGAUCUAGAGAGAAAAGACAACAUCUAGGACAACAUUUAAUAGAAGCCAAGCCCCUAAAGCCAAUACUACAGAAAGAAGGUUUAAGAAUAAGGCCUAAAAAGAAUAUAUCAGUAACAUUUGCUCUAGAUGAAUCCAUGGAGGAAGGUGAAUGUUCUGGGGGAAAUAGAACUAAGAGCACUGCUGAGCUUCGCUGUAAUCGACGUGAUAACCUAUGGACUCCAACUCCAUCCACUGCUGGCAAUCUUUUUAAAGAUGAGGAACUUUGGGUAUAG